CGGUUGGUAGCAGCCAUGGUCGGCGGAGAAGCGAAAGCCGCAUCACCACAGCAGCUGUUUGUGUCUAUCCGGCCAGAGUAGCUGAUGCAGUUAAGGCUCUCAAAUCUGCUAGCUGUCAGAUCCCAGUGGCUUCAGUGGCAGCUGGAUUCCCAGCAGGACAGACGCCUCUAAAGACACGUUUAGAGGAGAUCCAGCUAGCCAUAGAAGAUGGGGCCAAAGAGAUUGAUAUUGUCAUUAAUCGAACCUUAGUACUGACAGGCCAAUGGGAAGGUUCCGAUUUUAUCAAGACGUCUACCGGAAAAGAAGCGGUGAAUGCUACUUUCCCAGUGGGGCUGGUGAUGGUGAGAGCUGUUAGAGACUACUACUGGAAAACUGGCUAUAAGGUUGGAUUCAAACCUGCAGGAGGCAUUCGCAAAGCCAAGGAGGCCUUGAUCUGGCUUUCCCUGAUGAAGGAGGAAUUGGGAGAGGAAUGGCUGAAGCCGGAACUCUUUCGCUUGGGGGCCAGUACUUUGCUGGGAGACAUUGAAAAACAGAUUUAUUAUCACGUGACCGGCAGAUACCCAGCUUCCUAUGACCUGCCCAUGGCUUAAACCAGUGACGGAGUCAUGCUGUGAAAGAGAGAAAGAAUUAAGCCAACAAUGUUGUGGAUUAUUUCCCCUGCCCCCCCCUUCCUGAAACCACAUCUUUACUAAGUGCUUUACAAAACGGAUUAAAACUGUGGUGCCUCCAUUUCACAGUUUCAGUGUUCUUAGAAUGGCCCAGGUGAAUCAAUGGAGAAAAUCUUUGAAUGCUGAAAAUUUCUAGUGUUAAUUUUUUUGUAAUGGCACCCAUUGACCUCAGCCUGGAUUUCAGGAAACAACCAGCAAAAUGGUUAUUUUAGGGUGAAUUUUGUACUUGAAUGAAGCAUUUGUGAAUUGUCAUAUAUAUAUAAAGUAUACCAAAAUCUGA